AUGUCCUCAAAAACAGAGCACAUGGAAUCCGAGGACAAGUUAGCUAAUGCUUUGAAAGAGCUUGAGGCCCUGAAACUAGAAAAUGCAAAGUUGAGAGAACAGCUGAGCGGUGAAAAGGCCCUCGAUGCAGAAUUGCCGAUGUCUUUGGAGGAAUUCAGCCGUUAUGGUAGGCAAAUGAUUGUUGAGGAUACUAAAGGGAUUCAAGGCCAAAUAAAGCUGCGAGACGCCAAAGUUCUUGUAAUAGGAGCAGGGGGUCUUGGAUGCCCAUGCCUGCCUUAUCUUGCCGGCGCAGGGGUGGGGCAUAUUGGCAUUGUAGACAAUGAUACAGUCGAAACUUCGAACUUGCACAGGCAAAUUCUUCACAACUCAUCCAAAGUAGGUAUGUUGAAAUGUGAGUCAGCUAAGAAGGUUUUGCAAAAGCUUAAUCCUCACGUCUCGAUAACCACUUACCCUGUCAGGCUCGGUUACAGCAAUGCGUUCGGAAUAUUUGAAGGAUACGAUAUUGUGCUUGACUGCACUGAUACACCAUUAACCAGGUAUUUAAUAUCAGAUGUUGCGGUUUGUCUAGGAAUGACUGUAGUGUCUGCUUCAGGUCUUGGAACUGAGGGACAGCUCUCCAUAUUGAAUUUUCAAGGGAUAGGUCCAUGCUAUAGGUGCUUUUAUCCGACUCCUCCUCCUCCAAAUGCGGUCUCUUCGUGUCAAGAGGGAGGCGUAAUUGGGCCCUGUAUUGGCCUUGUUGGAGUGAUGAUGGCGGUCGAAACUCUGAAAAUAAUCAUGGAAAUAUACACCUCGGACAACUUUCAACCUUUCCUCAUGCAAUAUGCUGGAUUUCCUCAGCAGACACUGCGGACCUUUAAGAUGAGAGGGAAAAAGCAAGCAUGUUUAUGUUGCGGUGACCAACCGACCAUAACACGCGCAAGCAUUACAUCAGGUUCGAUCAAUUAUGAACUGUUCUGCGGUAAACGGAAUUAUAACGUUUGCUCCCCGGAAGAAAGGAUGACAGUUGAAGAAUUUGAAGCUGAUUACUGGAAAAACAGCGGAUUGGAUUACAUUUUACUGGACGUUAGACCUCAUCAUCACUAUGAGAUUUCUCAUUUACCAAACACGUUUAAUUUGACCGUGAAAGAAUUGAGGGACAUGGAUGGAGAUUUUGCUAAGUUAAGAAGUAAAAUUCCCCCUGUCAGUAAAGAGAAAGAGGUUCUUGUUAUGUGCCGACAUGGAAAUGAUUCCCAAUUGGCCACGAGGCUUCUAAAGGACCAAUUUAAAAUUCGUAAUGUUCGCGACAUUAAAGGUGGCUUUUUCAAGUAUAUCGAUAAUGUAAACCCUUCUCUACCAAAGUAUUAA